AGUUCACUCACCGCAGAGUACGGCUCCUUCAUCUCACCUCUGUACCCCUUAACUGGGAGUGCACAUUGCCCCCAUUGCCCAACCUGCUCAACGUCGGUACCAAGUACCAUGUCGACAGAAAAGGAACCCCUCCACCUGUGCGGCGGCGCUCAAGGCUCCACCGUCUCCCUCAGUCACCACCCCGAGCCCAGCAAAGAGACACACACGCCCGAAGGUGAUGACGGACGCCAUCCUUCCACUGGGCAUCUCAUGGACUCGGGCAACGAGGAAAUCGAUCAUACAGACCCAUUCACGGUGGACGAUUUCUAUGACCACAAACGCAACACACACCCACUCGAAGUCUAUCUCCACCAUGCGGCCCUCGAACGCGCUCGUGAGGCGUCAGAUGACCGCCCCAUCCCCGACGCACCCUGGAUAGCACUCGUAAAGAGGUGUACCCGACGAAAGGACGCCAUUGUACUCCCCCACUCGCCAGGACAAGAUAGAAUACCGGUCAUCCCCGCCGGCCCCACCGCGCCGAUGCCCAUUAUUCCUGGCACACGAAUUGGCACAUGGCCCUGUGACGAUUCGCCUGCUGCAACGCCGCCCGCCUCAUCACCACUUGAUGAAAAGGCGGACGCAGCUCUCGUCGGGGUCCAAACUGCCCACUCCAGCCUCCAAGCCCAACAAGAUGCAGAAGCUGCAGAGACCCUCGCUAGUGAACGCGAGACCGCCUACCACAUGCUGCGGUGUCUAGGAUGGCAGACAGUCUUCUACCUCAUCACAGCAGAUGUUCUAGGUAUCAUCACGGCUCCGAUGACCUUCCGGCAACUCGGCUACGGUCCCGGCAUUCUCGUGUUCACAGGCUUCUUCCUGUUUGCCUUCCUGUCCGGCCAGAUCCUGUGGCGCCUGUACCUCCGCCUCGACAGCGCCGAGUACCCGAUCACUUGCUACGGCGACCUCGGCGAACGAACAUUCGGUCGCAUAGUCCGCCACGUCUUCAACAUUCUCCAAUCCAUCCAACUCAUCUUCAACGUCGGGAUCAUCCUUGUCGGCGACGGCCAAACCCUCUCAGCCCUCAUCUCCGACGCGUUCUGCUACUAUGGACUGAACGGCUUCUUCGCCAUCGCCGGCCUCCUCAUCAGCCAAAUGAAGUCGCUUCGCAACGUCGCGUGGUUUACCAACCUAUCCAUCUGGCUAAGCAUCGCGGUCAUGAUUCUCACCAUGGUCGCCACGGGACUCUAUCCACCCGUCCCCAGUCAGUCAGGCUACAAGGACCUCUCACAACCCAUCAUUCGCUCUGGCUGGACACCAAGCUACAACCAUGGAUGGUACGCGCAGAUCACUGGGGUUCAGCUCGCAGUAUUCAGCUAUGGCGGUGCCAUGAUCUUCACCGAGUUCAUGACUGAAAUGCGGCGCCCACGCGACUUUUGGAAGAGCGCAUUCAUCGCACAGACGUUUGUGUGGCUAAUGUACAUGACGUUUGGGCUCUUCUGCUACUCGAUGCAAGGACAAUACACCGCUGUCCUCCCAAUGAUCAACUUUACCAGCAUUGCCUUCCAAGCCGUCACCAACUUUAUCAACCUCCUCACCAUGUCGGUCACGGCCAUCCUCUACGCCAACAUUGGCGUCAAAGUCUUCUACCAGAAUGUCCUGCGAGAGUAUCUUAAAGCGCCGCCACUCCACUCGCGCAAGGGAGGCCUCAUCUGGUCAAUCACUGUCGCCGUGUACUGGGGACUGGCAUGGCUCGUCGGUGCCGCAGUCCCCGACCUCUUGGCCCUCGUGACGAUCGUUGGCGCCAGUUGCACGCUGCAAUUCACGUUCACCUUCCCUCCUCUUCUACUCCUCGGCCACUGGGUCCAAACGGAUGCCCUAGAGGGAGACCGGAACCAAGGACGCCUUAUUGAAGGCAGAGACCCUCUCGCCGACCGCGCGGACACCUGGCGCGAUAUGUCACGCUGGCGUCGCGGUUUCAAGCGGUACUGGUGGGUAAAGACCUGGCUGGUGAUCCAGACAGUGUGUAGCCUCGGCCUCUCCGCCCUCGGCAUGUACGCCGGUAUCAGGAGCGCCAAAGACGCGUACGCCCAGGGCAACACAAAGUCGUUCUCCUGCAUCGCUCCGGGCUCGGAUGCGAGUGUAAGCUGAGUUGUAGUGCAGUUUGUAAAUGUAACUUUGAAUGGUUAUUACA